CUUCCCUCCUCGCUCGCUCGCAGUGGCCGGACCGCCGCAACAUCGCAUUGAACGUCGUCGAGGCUACCACUCUAUCCUUCAACAACAUCCAAAAUGGCUGAGAUCGAGCGUGCCUUCCGCAAGCAGCACCUGUUCCAGAACGCCAAGUCGAAGGGCGGCAAGAAGGUCGCCACCAAGACCAAGCGGUGGUACAAGGACGUCGGUCUCGGCUUCAAGACCCCCGCUGAGGCCAUCAACGGCACCUACAUCGACAAGAAGUGCCCCUUCACCGGCGAUGUCUCGAUCCGUGGCCGUAUCCUCUCCGGUGUCGUCCACUCGACCAAGAUGACCAACACCAUCAUUGUUCGCCGUGACUACCUCCACUUCAUCCCCAAGUACCGCCGUUACGAGAAGCGCCACAAGAACCUCGCCGCCCACGUCUCGCCCGCCUUCCGUGUCGAGGCCGGUGACCAGGUUACCGUUGGCCAGUGCCGCCCCCUCUCGAAGACUGUUCGCUUCAACGUCCUCCGCGUUCAGGCCAACAAGGCCAAGGGCUUCUCGAAGUUCUAAGCCAGUCUAGGACUUGACUUUGGGAGUGUAGGAUUAUGCAUCGGCAUUUCGACGAGG